CUGAAUAAUCUCCGCCGUGCUCCCAUUCUGCCAGGAUAAACUUGUGGCUCUUGGCUCUUCGAAGUUGACGCUGCACACUCUCUCUGACAUUAUGGACACCAACGCCGCCUCCCCGCCAUCGCGCGCGCACUCUCCAGUGAUGGUGGCGCUGUCGCGGGUCAGUAGCCUGGCGGCCAACCCACCACUCGACAUCCAUCGGCACGACCACCCUCCACGGCCUCCAUCGAUGCCUGGGCGCGGCGAGAGCAAGCGAAUGCUCACCGAACUCGAAUAUACGACACAUCACCCAGACACGCCGAGCGCGACGAGCACGAUGGCGCCCGAUGGAUGUACGGAGGUUAAGGAGAUGGACGGGGACAUCGUCCACAUUCCCGACGGUGGGCUUCGCGCUUGGCUUGUCGUCCUCGGCGCCUGCCACAUUCUCUUCUCAACAUUCGGAUUUGUGAAUGCAUGGGGUGUAUUCCAAGAUUACUAUCAAGCCAGCCUGUUCCCAGAAAGAACAACUAGUGACAUUGGAUGGAUUGGAUCGCUCCAGUACAUGCUCAUCUACCUCCCAGCGCUGCCGAUGGGGCGGCUUGUCGACCGUGGGCUGUUCCUGUACCCCUUCUGGACCGCGGCAAUUCUCUACCCCCUGUCCAUCAUUCUAACUGCUGAGGUUAAGGAGUACUGGCAGGCAACCUUGUGCCACGGCGUUCUGUAUGGGUUCACAGCGGGUAUCCUCUUCUGCCCUGCGAUCGCCGUCACGUCGCAGUGGUUCCACCACAAGCGCGCGCUCGCGCUCGGUGUGGUGGCCUGCGCCUCAUCCUUGGGCGGCACCAUCUUCCCGAUCAUCACCACCAACUGCCUCAAACAUCUUGGCUUUCCAUGGACGAUGCGCAUCUGCGGGUUCAUCUGCCUGUACUGUACGCUAUUCGCAUCCGUGACGCUCCGCAACUGUCUGCCUCCCAAGAAGGCCGCCGGCGGCAUGUUCAACCUCAAGGCCUUCAAGAACCCAGCAUACUCGUUCUUUGCUCUUGGCUCUUUCCUCAUCAUGGGCGGCCUGUACACGCCCCUCUCGUUCAUGGACGUGCUCGGCAAAGAGAUGGGGCUGGGAAGCUACGCGUCGUACCUCGUUUCGAUUGCAAACGCGUUCUCGACGCUGGGCCGCAUUGGUCCGGCCAUUUUCGCCGACAGGUUUGGGAGUAUGAACCUCCUCAUCCCGGGCUUGCUGGGUAGCGUGGCCACGACGUUCGCGUGGCCCUUCGCGCACAAUAAAGGUGGGAUUACGGCGAUCGCGGCCACGAACGGUAUUUUCCAGGGCAGUUUCGUGUCUCUGCUCGCGCCGGCGUGCGCUCACCUCGGCAACGUAGAGGACAUCGGCCGCCGCUUCGGCAUGGUCAACUCGCUCAUGUCGUUCGGCGCGUUCCUCGCGGCCCCCGCGUCCGGCGCACUGCUCUCCAAGACUGACUUCCACGCGGUGUCCUACUACGCCGGAGCACUCAUCAUUCUCGGUAUGUCGUGUUUUAUUGCGGCGCGCCAGUACCACCUUCGCAAACUGUGGGGUAAGAUGUGAGAGGCAGAGGCGUGAAGGGAGGGGUGGAGAAUGCAAUCAGAGACGGAUAGAUAAAGAGAGGCACAUACGAGCUCCUUACCGCCUUGAGGAUCUCCGCGGGCUGUUAGUUCACAUCGUUUAACUUGGUCGCCACAAUCUCGCAAAAGCGAGCAAAGCAUUGUAAUAAAAGCUGUAUGCAUGGGUACUCAGGAUGCCUGAGCACCAGAGACACUGC